UGUGAACCUCUCUUUGAAGAUUGGUGAACCAAACAAAUUUCAGUAUUCUUAUUGCAUCCCGGUACAGCUUCUUGUAGAGCUUAAAGUUAAAGAAAAAGAUGCUGUGAUAUGUACUUUUACAGAACUAAUUUUGCCGUCGGUGCAUCAACGAAAGAAACGAAGUGCAAGCUCUAGAUUUUGCUUCAUCGCUGCCGCCGGAAACUUUUUGAUUCAUCGCAGUACGCGAGGUCGGAUAGUCAAGACGACCGCCUGCACAAACGGAUCAGUGACAAACUGUAACUUCUGCUGUGAAUGCACUCGCUACCACAAAUCUCCGAAGUAACAGCAACGACUUGAGCUCGUGAAGAAAACAAAGGACGUGAA